ACACGAUUGACAUGUCACAGUAAUACAAUUUUAGGUUAUGUUUAUUUACUUAUUUUAAAUUUAAGAAACUUGUACGUUAAAGACUGAUUAACAAUGGUAUUUCCCAAACCAAACAUGGCGAUGCGAUUCAGCAAAAGGUUCUACAGCUCCGCUUUGAAAAAAGAUGUCGUUAUAAUUUCGGCCGCAAGAACCCCGAUGGGCCCCUUUUUGGGUUCAAUGGCGCCCUUAUCUGCGCCCCAAUUAGGCGCUACCGCUAUCAAAGCAGCCAUCGAAAGAGCCGGCAUUCCCAAAGAAGAAAUCAAAGAGGUAUUUAUGGGUAACGUAUGUCAAGGAGGCGUAGGCCAAGCCCCGGCAAGACAAGCUGUAAUUUUCGCCGGUCUUCCCAAGUCGACGAUUUGCACGACAGUAAACAAAGUGUGCUCGUCCGGCUUAAAGUCGAUCAUGUUUGCUACUCAAAGUUUGCUGCUGGGCGAUCAAGAUGUGAUUUUAGCCGGAGGUAUGGAGUCUAUGUCAAACGUUCCUUAUUACAUGCGAAGAGGCCAGACACCUUACGGAGGAGUGAAUCUAUCCGACGGGGUAGUUUUCGACGGUCUAUGGGACGUCUACAACAAAUUCCACAUGGGCAAUUGCGCCGAAAAUACGGCCAAGAAGUUGAACAUUUCCAGGGCGCAACAGGAUGAAUAUGCCAUUAACAGCUACAAGAAGAGCUCGGAAGCUUAUAAGAACAAUCUAUUCGCUUCAGAAUUGGUACCUGUCAGCGUUCCGCAGAGAAAAGGUACCCCGGAUUUGGUAGUGCAAGCCGACGAAGAAUACAAGCGAGUCAAUUUCGAAAAAUUCGGCAAAUUAGCGACGGUCUUCCAAAAGGAAAACGGUACAGUUACGGCCGGUAACGCUUCGACCCUAAACGACGGGGGCGCAGCCCUGAUACUAACUACAGCUGAGAAAGCCAAGGAAUUAAACGCGAAGCCUUUAGCGCGAGUGCUGGGCUAUCAAGACGGCGAAUGCGACCCCAUAGACUUCCCUAUCGCUCCGGCCGUGGCCAUUCCGAAAUUGCUGGAGAGAACCGGCGUCAGUAAGGACGAAAUCGCCAUGUGGGAAAUCAACGAAGCUUUCAGCGUGGUGGUUUUGGCCAACCAACAAAUAUUGGGAUUGAAUCCCGAUAAGGUGAAUAUUCAUGGUGGUGCCGUUAGUUUGGGACAUCCCAUUGGAAUGUCUGGGGCUCGUCUGGUUGUUCACUUGGUGCACUCGUUGAAAAGCGGCGAGAAAGGGGUGGCUGCUAUUUGUAAUGGUGGAGGCGGCGCGUCCUCUAUGAUGAUCGAGAAAUUGACGGAUAAUCUACCAAAAGAAGAACUACCGAGUCUUACGUUAUAUUCAAGAGACCCUUGCCCGCUGUGCGAUGAAUUGAAAGCUCAACUUACUCCAUAUUUUCCUAGAGUUAAAUUCAGCACUGUGGAUAUUUCGAAAAAAGAAAAUGUCCGUUACUUAAGACUAUACAGAUACGAAAUACCCGUUGUGUUUUUAAACGGUGAAUAUUUGUGCAAACACAGAUUAGAUGAAGGGCUGUUGGAGCAAAAAUUGAGAGAUAUCGAAUCUAGGAAAAACAUUCAGUAGAAGUAAUAUAGAUAGUUGGAUUUUUCACAGGUUUUUUUGAUUUUCAUAAGUAUUAUUACUUGUUACUAAUGAAGUUAUUAGAGUGAAAAGUUGCAAUGAAAGUGUCUAAUGGACGUUGUCUUUAUCGCACCCAAAAUCAUAAAAAAGUCAUUACACAUCUCGAACACCUGAAUGAAAAAUUGCUGGAAACACAAAAAUAUUUGGUGUGUAAAAAUUGUAAUCAAAUAUAAAAUAAACAUAACUAAAUAUUCAAUUUCUUCGCGAAUACGCGCACUCCAUAAUCUAUACCUUCGUUCCUUUUAGAAUGUAUUUCUAUCGUAACAAACGUAUGAUUCACUCCUCCUUCGCUAACGAUAAUUUCGGCAGUGGGAUCACUUUGAUCCGAAGGUUUCACCGUUACGCAGUAAAUUUUGUAGUCACCGUGACAAGAAGCCUGAAGAAAAUUACCGAAUUAGGAACAACUUUAUGAGUUUUUUCACUUACCGUGGCGUUUCUAACUAAUAAAGGUAUAGCGGGUUUGUAAAUGUGGUCCUGAAACACCAAAUCUUCAUUCGGAGUACUUUCACAGUUGCCUUGUCGCAAUUCUCUUUCCACUGGAGGCACGAGCGCCUCCGAAGAAUUCCCAGUCGCUCGAAUGUCCACAACGAACAAGCAUAAAAAUAUAAAAAGGCUUUUUAUGCAUAAAUAACCGUCCAUUGCAGUAUGUAAUACACGAUUUGGUAAAGACUGGACCUUAAUAUGCAAGAAUAAUAUAUUUGACAAUAUUUGUCAUUUUCUACUGUUUCAUAAGAUCUCCUUUACAGGGUGAAUAAUGUAAUUUUCCCAAUACUCGUAGAUUAUGCCUGCAUAUUGAGCUAAUACAGAUAAGUGCAAAGUUGUUACUCUAUGUGGUCUAUGGGUGCAACAAAGAGAACUUCCAUUACUCAUAUAAAGGAAAAAGACAGGGUGAUAUUAUGGGAUUGCAACUUUCUUACUUUAACUACUGUUACAUUUGCACUUACCCAUAGGUAAAAUAUUUAAUAUAGGAAAUAGGAAAAUUGUUAAGCACCUUAAGGCGCACAAUUUAAAAUUAUUUAAAAAAUAUACAGGGUGUUCUAUAAAUCUAAACCGAACCAAACAUACCAAACAGUUUUUAAAGGUGAUGCUGUGUUUUUUAUUUCAUAUUCGAUUUCAGUUCGUUUCAGCGGGUUUCACAAUAUGAGGAAAUUUUUGUUUUCAGGUAAAAAAAUAAUUGAGCUGAGUGUUCUCAACAUAAUUGCUUAGAAAAAAUGUAUUUGUAAUUAAACUCUAACUACAAGUAUUUAAAAUGUUAGACAAAAAUGUAUUUUAAAUACAAAUAG